UCCCGCCGUCCGUACACGCGCGCACCCCUCCGUGAGAUCCGUCCUUUUGCUCUGUCGGUAGGGUUUCUGCGCCCCCGCUCUAUCUUCUCCUCCCCACAGUUCUUGCUCGCCGUCAUCGGUACCCAGUUGAUUCUUUAGGGAUUCUUCAAUUCCGUCCCCUCACUCCCGGAAAUGGCGUCUUUUUGGGACUUCUGAAGAAUCCCUCUCUCUGCCUUCGCCGACCUAGGCGUCUUUCUUAUUUUUUUUCGGGAACCUCGCUCUUGGCCACGACCGGCUGCUUGUUCUGAGCUUGUGGAUUCUUUCUUUCGACUACGGCGGUGGAAAUUUGAGAUCUUGGUCUCUCCUGUUUAGGUUCCGCGUGUAUUUUAGAUGGAUUACGGUGGCGGAGCUGCGUAUCCUAGCUGCAACGCCAUCGCAAUUGUUCCGGACGCGUCCGGCCCUCCCGGUCGCGAUUCCUGGCCCCCGGCUGGGAUCGACCAGCUUGUGUGGGCGACGGAUGAGGAUUACCGUGCUUGGAACGGAGACCCGUCCGCUGAUGCCGGAUCCAACUCCGCCUACGACGGCCGCCAGUCUCAGUCCCGAGCCGGCAGUGAGCAACCUCCGGGAAAGAGAGCUCGGAACUCCCAAGGGGAUUCCCACGGUGGGAAUCGGACCUCCAGCUCGAGAGCCAUCGGCAAGAUGUUCUUCAAGACGAAGCUCUGCUGCAAGUUCCGCGCGGGUACCUGCCCUUACAUAACGAACUGUAAUUUCGCUCACGGGAUCGAGGAACUCCGCAAGCCGCCGCCUAAUUGGCAGGAGAUCGUGGCGGCUCACGAGGAGGGCUCCGAGCUCAGAGAGGAGCGUCAGAUACCGACGGUGAGCUCUUCGAUUGCGAUCGGGGACUCCGAGAGAUCUCAUAAAGGAAGGCGUUGUAAGAAGUUCUACACGGAGGAGGGGUGCCCAUACGGGGAUAGUUGCACAUUCGUCCACGACGAGCAAUCAAAGGCUCGGGAGAGCGUGGCGAUCAGUCUGUCGCCCACAGUUGGGGGCAGUAGCGGCGGAUACGGGGGAGGUGCAAAUGGGUCACCUCAGAAGCCUUCGAAUUGGAAGACGAGAAUCUGUAACAAGUGGGAGAUGACAGGGUAUUGCCCGUUCGGCAGCAAGUGCCACUUUGCUCAUGGUGCUGCAGAACUACACAUAUAUGGGGGAGGGCUUACGGAGAAUGAAGUAAGAGAUGUGUCGUUGGCCACUUCAGAUUCAAAGCAAGCUGGGACAUUAACAAAAGCUCCGAUGGACACUUCUGUUGCUUCAAGCCUUCCAGGUCCUCUUUCAGAUUUAUAUCAUAUGGAUGUUCCUUCGCAGAGGUCCGCUGGUGUGAUACAGAGGCAGGUGCAGAGGUCAGUCGAGAAAUGGAAGGGCCCGGACAAGAUUAGUAAGAUUUAUGGUGACUGGAUAGAUGACAUCGAGUAGAUCCUUGCUCCUGCUGAUACAAUAAUUAGCCAAUUAUCUCCAUUUUAGCUAUUGGUGCAUGAUAAACACUCAGUUUUCCCGGUAUGUGGAGUACUUGAGGCAGCUGGUGAGAUGCGACAGAAGAGAUUGCUUAGCAAAUGUCUUGCUGGUUUUCGAGAUUGCAAUCUAAGAAAAUACUGUGCCUCACAAGAAAAUUUGCCAAGACUGCAUGGUUUUUUUUUACUCCAACCAGACUCUGCAUCAAACAGUAUUGGCAUUUGAUCAAAUUAAGUGAAUGAUGAUACUUGAAUCUGAUUUUUAGAGGCAACUUGCUUAUCUUCUUCGAUUGUCUCUCGGUUUACAGUUGGGCUCCAAAAAUGAGUGGAACAUUGCUAGCCAGACACAUGAAAGGUAUGUGACUGGUUGUAGGAAUGUUUCUGGGGUUUUAAUGUAUUUUGUAAAUAUUGUAUUCAUCAGUUUUGUGCCCUUUGCGGGUCUUUUCUGUUCACUUAAUGUAUUAGUGAUGUUUCUCUCAGUUGAUGAACUCAGUGUACUGUGUUGCAGCAUAUCCUGCUACUCCCGUGGUUUUGUUUCCCUUCA